GCGUCUAAGUUUUGCAAUUACUCCCUGCUUUAAGCUAAGCAGGGCAGCCAACUAAUACGAGUGAUGAGAACUGAUAGACAGGAAGCUUCGUAGUUCAAAGGCACACUGAAACUCCAUUGAGAAGGACUGUACAACAUCGGUAAUCUAAAGCUGUUGAUGUUGCAAUGCUCGAAAAUCCAUCCACAGCCCACAGUGAAGAAGAUAUCUGUUCCAGAACAUGUUUGAUUAUUUGGGAGGGCGUUCAAUGAAGACCAAGCAAGCAUUUCCAGCCUCAAUGAAGUAAAUGGGAAUCUUCCGCUGUUGAGAAGAUCCUGAAUUGAGGAAUGUUGGGACAUCACGGUCUGAGGAGGGAUUGUGAAUGGACUUGCAGGAGUGCUCACGUUUGUUAAGGUCAUGCACAAACCCACAAUGCCUUUCACUAGGAAGACGGCUCCAUCUGUACUGCGUGAAGGUAGGCCUGGAGUCGACGUUGUUUAUAGCUAAUUGCCUCCUUCAGAUGUACGUGAAGUGUGGCAGACUCGGCGACGCGCAUCAGGUGUUUGUUGAAACGACUGAAAGAAACACCUUCACCUGGAAUAGCUUGAUUGAAGGUUAUGCUAAUUCGGGCAAGGCAAGAACUUCAUUGGAGCUGUUCACGUCUAUGCCGUGCAAAAACGAGUUUUCGUGGAAUGUGGUCAUUGCAGCUUAUGCAAAGAUGGGGGAUCUUGAGGUUGCCCAACAACUCUUCGAUGAGAUGCCAGCUAAGAACACGUUCGCUUGGAAUUCGAUGGUUCACGGUUGCGUUUUAUAUGGCAGAAUUGGAGAGGCGAGGAUAUAUUUUGAUGCAAUGCCACGCCGAGAUGUGGCGUCGUGGAACAAGAUGAUGACUGGAUAUGUCCACCAGGGACAACCUUGGGAAGCACUGAGACUGUUUGACCAAAUGAAGUUGCAUCAGUUGGCGAUCGAUGGUUUCAUCUUAGCUACGAUGGCCUGUGCCUGUGCCGAUGUGGAGAAGCUUGAUGCAGGCAAACAGCUACACGCUUACAUUGUCACGGGUGGGUUCACGAUUGACAGUGUUUUGGGUAGUUCCAUGAUCAAUAUGUAUAGUAAAUGUGGAGACACCGAUAGCGCGUUUCUUAUUUUUGAUGCCAUGAUUGACCAGGAUGAGGUCUGCUUAUCGGCUAUAAUAACAGGCCUUGCAAAUUGUGGGAGGUUAGAAGAUGCAUGUCGAAUUUUUGCUAGUCAAAGCAGAAGAAAUGUGGGUUCUUGGAAUUCAAUUAUUUCUGGAUAUGCAACCAAUCGCCAGGGAAAAGAGGCUAUUGAGUUAUUGAACGAGAUGAGGAGAACCGGGAUUCAAGCAGAAGCAACAACCAUAACUGCUGCUUUGACAGCAUGCAUGAACCUUGCAACAACUGUCACAAACAUCGGUAAGCAACUGCACGAUCUUGCUCAUAAAGUUGGAUUUCUUCAUGAUGUUGCCCUUUGUAGCACACUGAUUGACUUGUAUGCAAAGAAUGGAUACCUUGAAGGUGCAUGCAAGCUCUUUGAUGAGCUUGAAGUGCGUGAUACCAUUCUGCUGAACACCAUGGUUACUGCAUAUUCCAACCAUGGUAAAGUAGAACAAGCGAGGCAAGUGUUUGAAUCUAUUCCUUGUCGUAGUUUGAUUUCAUGGAAUUCAAUGAUUGUGGGAUACAGCAAAAACGGUUUUGUAAUAGAAGCACUGGAACUGUUCCAUGAAAUGCAGAUGCUAAACCUGAGGUUGGACGAAGUUGGUUAUGCUAGCAUGAUCAGCUUGUGUGCUGAUAUGUCUUCUCUCACGCUGGGUGAGCAACUUUUCGCUCAUGUUGUUCUUGCUGGACUUAUUCACGAUCCGGCUGUUGGCAGUGCACUUAUUCAUUUAUAUUGUAAAUGUGGUCUUAUCAUAGAUUCACGGAGACUAUUUGAUUCAGUACCUAAGUGUAGUGAUGUUAUAUGGAACUCAAUGCUGAUGGGUUAUGCACAUAAUGGCUAUGGAGAGGAAGCUCUUCAAGUUUUUGAAGAUAUGAAGAGAGUUGGAGUCAGACCAGGCUCCAUUACCUUCAUUGCCGUGUUAUCGGCCUGCAGUCACCGAGGGCUGGUUGAGGAGGGGCGGCAACUAUUUCAUGCCAUGAAACAUGAUUAUGGUAUCUUACCAAUGGUUGAACACUGUUCUUGUAUGAUUGAUCUCUUGGCACGGGCAGGCUGCAUUCAAGAGGCUGUAGAUUUUAUUAACAAUAUGAUGUUUCCAGCUGAUGCUAGCAUGUGGACAUCAAUACUAAGUGCAAGCAGAGCUUAUGGAGAGGAAUCUCUUGGAAGAAAAGCAGCAAAUCAGCUUCUGCAACUUGAUUCUGCAAACUCUGCUGCAUUUGUGCAGCUUUCUAACAUUUAUGCUACUUGUGGGGAGUGGGCUAAAGCGGCACAAGUAAGGAAGUUGAUGCAGCAGAAAGGAGUGACGAAAAUGAACCCUGGCUACAGCUGGAUUGAUGCAUAAGUGACGGGAAUUGUAUUGACACGUAGAUGACAGGAAUUACAUCGUCUAUGCAUGUUCUUAGAAAAGCUUGCAUGAUAUGCGGAUCAUAUCUGUAACACUGUCACAAAUAUUUCCUUUUUCCUUAAAAAUAUGUUAAAAUAAAGGAAAAUGAGAAAACCAUGAAAAAAUGAGAAUAUUUUGAAAAAAGGCAAAAAAGGAAAAUAUUGUGUUUAUACUUUAUAUUGCUCUUUUACAUUUUUCAUGUUUUUUCAAAGAAAAAUGUUUUUAAAUAUAAUUUAAUUUUUUUGAGGUUUCUUUUAACAUUCUAAGUUUCUAAAAAUUAUUUUAAAAAUUUUAUCAAUGUUUUUGUAAGAGAGCUAGUAGAAAACUUGAAUUUUCAUAAUUUUUUAUACUAUGCUUUCAUUUUUUAAUUUUUUGAAAUAUUUACAUUAUCCUGAGGAAAAACAAACUUUUCAAUUAGUACCUGAGGAAGGCCUCGCCUAUAAAACCUGAGAAGGACUUUUUGUGACAAUGAUAUGUACUACUAGUCUAGUUGGCAUAUGAAAGAGAAGCCAAUCUCAACUCCAUUGUGCUUAGAUUGUAAUUGGAUAUCAACCAUAUUCAUGCUUCAUCGGUGGUCUGACAUGUUCAUUAUUGGUCAACUGCUCAUCAAUCUUCUUCAUCAUGAAAAACAAGGGGUUCAUAUGAGUAUCUGGCUUCUUUCAUCAGGGACCAAUUAAGAUGUAUCUGGGAAAAUGUUCUUCACAUCAAGACAUCUACUAUUUCUUUUGAGUGCGAAGUUAUUUUCUCAUUGUUCGUUUUACAGGGACCAAUUAAGGUGUAUCUGGGAAAAUGUUCUUCACAUCAAGACAUCUACUAUUCCUUUUGAGUGCUUCUAUCUCUAUGAAUCUAGACAGGAUAUUUGGCCUCUUUCUUCUGUUAUAGGAUGGCGUUGGUUGGUAUUUGCUUCAGACUAUAUAGAGAGACAAUUGACUGCUUUUCAAGGGCUUCUAGUGAUCCCAAAGACCAAGCGAUUAGCAGUUCCCAGGAUGGCAGUGAAGGUUGCUGGAGAGCUCUCUUUUUUUCCUUUCUUUUUUCCCGUUCCGAUUGUAUAGUUUCUUGGAUCUGUUAACAGGAAGAUCGAUCUGUAAGGAUGUGAUAUUUUAAUCUCAUAAAGUUUUGGGUCUGGAUCUGAUAUGGACUCAGAUCCUGUCGUCCCUUUAUAGGGGAGCUUUUGUAGCCCUAAUAUGCUUGUAAGGAACAUCAAGAGAGUGGAUUGACCCAGAGAGAAAAGGCUGUCUUUGCUGCACGUUAGAGAAGGAUUCAGUUCCUGUUUUCCACAGCCUUAACAUUUGCUCACUUUCUUGCAUGGUGUCAGAGCAAGAAUUGUCCUUGAGUAUGAUUAAACAUGAUUAGCUUGGGUUGCCAUCUGUUUCUUUGUAUGAACUCCUUCAUCAAUGAUUCCUUUUUUGUCA